CAGCCCCGACCCCCACCGGCAGCCCCUUCUAAUUAGCAUUAGCCAUUUGCGUUCAGCCAGCGGCGCGGCUGCCUCGCACUGCCCCGGGAGGGGAGGCUGCCUUAGGAGAUGCAUGUAAGGACUGGUAAUGAGCUGGAGGAGGAGGGGGCACAUGCCAAUCCGUGCAGCGGGAGCCACCAUGGUCAGAAUGCUGCACACUGGCUGUGAGAUACAAGACCCACACUGGCACUGACUGCAGCAUGGACCAGGAAGCUACAGAGCUGGAGAAGCGGCAUGUUCAUAGUGUAUACGAAAACACAGCGCCUUACUUUAAUGAAGUCCAAAGUAAGGCUUGGCCCAAGGUCCGUCAGUUCCUUCUGGAGCAAAAGCCUGGCAGUUUUAUAGUGGAUAUAGGCUGUGGCACUGGCAAAUAUCUUAGUGUGAACAGUGAAAUAUACAACUUAGGCUGCGAUUACUGCGAGCCUCUAGUGGAAAUUGCAAGGAAUAACAAGCUGGAGGUCAUGGUUUGCGAUAACUUGAAUCUUCCAUUUAGAGAAAAAUGUUUUGAUGCAGUCAUCUCCAUUGGAGUGAUUCAUCAUUUUUCCACUAAGCAAAGAAGAAUCCGAGCAAUAAAAGAGAUGGCAAGGAUUUUACUUCCAGGAGGUCAGAUUAUGCUGUAUGUUUGGGCAAUGGAACAAAAGAGCCGCAGGUUUGAGAAGCAAGAUGUGUUUGUACCCUGGAACAAAGCAUUGCUGUCUCGACAGCCCUCUGAAACCAACCAGUCUGAAGGUAAAAUGAACAUUACUUCAAAUUCUAAACUGCAGGAAGUAGCCUCAGAGCAAACAAAAGAAUCUGAAACCAUUAGCAUAAAUAAGUACGGGCAGACGCUUGAUUUCGAGCAGUCGCACACCACAAACAAUGGUAUGCCAGCUGAAACCUGCUGCCUGAGGUUUCAUACCGAAGAUAACAGACUCUAUAGUGCCAUAGGACGAUCCCUGCGUUCAUGGUUUUUCUCUCGUUCUCUCGAUGAAUCCACCUUGAGAAGACACAUUGACAAAAUGAGGUCCCUCAGUCCUUCCAGGGGAUGGGCAAACAACACCAUAUUAGUCCAACCUUCACGGCAUUGUAGCCUCGACCUUGGUCACCAGAGACUUUUUUUAAAAGAACGUAGUAUGGAUGAUGAUGAUGUUUUUAUUGAAAAUAAUUCACACAGAAAAGCUCAGUGGUUAAUAGACUUAAAUUCUAUGCAACAGAAAAAUGGACGGCUAUGUGGGCUCCUGAAGAAUAAUGGCGAACAGACUUCCUACCCGACACAUGCUGAGUGCUCUACUUGUACAUGUACCAAUGAAAAGAAUAAGCAUAUGCAGAGUAAUGUUUUGAAGAGAACAUCAACAACAGAAUCAAAUGAUUCUAUUUUAGAUGAAACUGUCUCAGUUGGUGAUCAAGAAACCAACAUUAUGGACUCAAAAGCAUACAUGCGAUAUUACCAUGUGUUUCGCGAAGGAGAACUCUGUCAUCUUAUAGAAAUGGAUGUACCAGAACUUCGUGUUAUAAGUUCAUGCUUUGACCAUGGAAAUUGGUGCAUUAUCGCAGAAAAGAAAUAGCAUUUUUGAAUCUUAAUUUUAACUUAUUUUUUAAGUGUAGUAAUUGGAGGGUUUGAAUGUAUUGUGAAGUCUUGGUAGUCUGAAGUUGUUUUUGUUUUAUUGAGAAACAUAAAUAUAACUUGAUUUUUAUUUUAAGGGUAUUUUUCUGUAUUAAUUGAUACAGAGCAUUGUCUCACUCAUUAUACUCACACAGAGAAAGGAAAGAGAGAGCAUUUCCAUUAUUAUCUUUAGUUGACAUAGCACCACCAGAAUGAUACCCCUCUAAUAAAACCUAAGGAAGACACCUUCAUAUUCUUCAUUGCAUGACCUCCCUAGUCAUGCAUGCCUUUGAGGGAGCUACUCCAUGUCUCCCCACUUUCUAUGGGGCUGUCUCCAGAGCCCAUUGAAGUAAAAGCACAAGUAAAGAAGCAUGUGGUUCCUCCUUAGGUGCAAUAAUGAUAUAGGAACUUAAUGCAAAGAGCACCUAACUCUGAACCAUGCUAUCUAUAGGUUCUUAAGAGGGACAGGGGUAUUUUUGUAGACGUACACACCCAGAACACCCAUAGCUACUUCUUAGUAUAUAAGCUCCGCAUAUACCAUGAUAAUGUAUACUGGUUGUAUACCUAGUGUUCUUCACUUAUUUUUAACUAUAGCAUUUUUACUCCUUGAGUAUCAUUUUCCCAUCUAUUAUGUAAAUAGUAGAUAUUAUUUCAAUUUGUUGUGUGCCAAAGAGGCCAAGCUAUGCAUUCUUCUCCCUCAGCAGCACUCAAUGGUUUAAGGUAGUUCUUUUUUGGAACUUCAUACACUUGAAGCAAUAUUCUCUUCCAACCAAAGAUGCUGUAUGGUACUUUCAUUAAAAAAUAUCAGGACAUACUAAAGGAUCACAAUAUAUGUUGGAGGAAGGUAGAGAGAGGGCAAGUUGUGGAAACAUUAAGUUAAAUACAGGUAUUCAACACAGCACAAGAAAGGAGGAGAAAUGUUAGGACAAGAGGUCAUAGUCUAAAAGGA